AUGAGAGAAGAGGUUCUUAAAGAAGUACUCAAGCUGCUAUCGCUGGGUAUCAUAUAUUCUAUUCCAGACAGCAAGUGGGCCAAUUUGGAUCUAGUGUUACAGAGAUGCAAAGAGAAGAAUCUGGUACUAAAUUUUGAAAAGUGCCACUACAUGGUACAAGAGGGAAUUGUUCUGGGGCAUGUGGUCUCGGAAAAAGGAAUUCAGGUGGAUAAGGCGAAGGUAGACGUGAUCUCAAAGCUUCCAUACCCUACGAAUCAGAAAGAGAUAAGAGGAUUUUUGGGUCAUGCUGGAUUCUACCGGAGGUUCAUUAAGGAUUUUGCAAAAAUCGCACAACCACUUACCCGCCUCAUGUAG